AUGGCGGGGUACGGCGUGCUGUCGCGUGUCGUGUGCCUCUGCGCUCUUCUCGCCCUUGCGCUUGUCCCGGAACAGGCAGAGGGUGCGUCUCUGUCGACCAAGGUGCCUGCACAUGAAAAGACGUGCUUCUACACCUGGGUGGACCAGCAGUACGAAAAGGUCGGCUUCUACUUUGCCGUGCAAGAGGGCGGCAACUUUGACAUUGACUACUCGGUGCACAGUCCGUCGGACAAGGUGGUAAUCGAGGGACAAAAGUCGUCGCAGGAAGACUAUGUGUUUACCGGGAACGAGUACGGCGAGUACACGUUCUGCUUCGAGAACUACCUGAGCUCGGCAGAGGACAAGAUGAUCGACUUUGACAUUACCGUCGAGUCGGAGCCACGUCUCGAGCUCCCGCUCGCCAAGGCCUCGCUGCUGUCGGAGCAGUCGACGCCGGUCGAGGAGUCGAUGCUCAAGAUCGACUCGGACCUGAUCGCCGUGGAACGCACCCUGCGCUACUUCCGCAUGCGCGAGAACCACGGAUACUCGCUCGUGGAAAAGACACGGAAACGCAUCCUGCGCUACAGCAUCAUUCAAACGCUCAUGAUCAUCUCCAUUUCCACCGGCCAAGUAUUUAUCGUGCGCCUCCUCUUUGACAAGGGCUCGACGAUGCGCAACCGCGUCUAA